AGGCGAAGAAGAAACCACGGAAGUACGGCUUCCAAACACAUUCCCGUUGGAAGAGUAAAAUACUGCAGAUUGACAGCUUUUCGUUUAAACAAAUCAAAUCUUGGACUGGCUGUUUCUCAAGAAGACGAUGGGCACUAGAGACGAUGAAUACGAUUAUUUGUUCAAAGUUGUCCUUAUUGGUGAUUCGGGUGUGGGAAAGAGUAACCUACUGUCCCGCUUCACUCGCAAUGAGUUCAACCUGGAGAGCAAGAGCACCAUUGGAGUCGAGUUUGCCACGCGCAGUAUCCAGGUGGACGGCAAGACGGUGAAAGCCCAGAUCUGGGACACAGCUGGCCAGGAGCGUUACCGAGCCAUCACAUCAGCGUACUACCGUGGAGCUGUGGGUGCUCUCCUUGUCUAUGACAUUGCCAAGCAUUUAACUUAUGAGAAUGUGGAGCGCUGGCUGAAGGAGCUGAGGGACCACGCUGACAGCAACAUCGUCAUCAUGCUGGUGGGCAACAAGAGCGAUCUGCGCCAUCUCAGGGCUGUCCCCACUGAUGAGGCCCGGGCUUUUGCUGAGAAGAAUGGUUUAUCUUUUCUGGAGACAUCGGCUUUGGACUCCACCAACGUAGAGACAGCCUUCCAGACCCUCCUGACAGAGAUUUACCGUAUUGUCUCCCAGAAGCAGAUGUCAGAGCGCCAGGAGAGCGACAUGUCCCCCAGCAACAACGUGGUCAACAUCCAGGUGCAGCCCACUGAGAACAAACCAAAGAUGCAGUGCUGUCAGAACAUCUAGCCCGGCCUCAGAUCUGCUACUCCCCCUCCUUUCCCCCUUUUCUCCCCCUCCUUUCCUCCGUCGAUCCCCCUCAACCCCAGCUCACGACACCUUUAAGCCCGCCCUCAGAUAAUAGACUGCCUCGGCAUACUGUUCGGUGUGUGAGGGAUGAGGCACAGCUUUGAAGCUGUGACCCAAUCUCUGCACCUACCUCUACCUGCUAAACCCCUUCCUUUCCUUCCCCAGGUAAAUAUUAUCCCAAUUUAGGAUAAAGUCACUAUUUGGAGUGCCCACCCUGCC